AAACGAAACAAGCAAAAUCACAUUUCCUCCCUACCCUCCAUUAUCAUAAAAUUUUCGAACUUCUCAAGAAAAGAAAAACCACAACAAUGGUGAGCCUCAGUCUAUGCGCCGGCGGAGGGGGUAUUUCAGUUCGGAACCCUCACAAGCCAUCCUCAUAUAUUUCCACCAUACCCUCAAAAAAUGCGGCCUUUACCACAACCCCACAUAGAAAUCACUUUCGAAGUUUAUCCGUUAGUGUUAAAAGUCAGUACUCGAAUCGUCAGGAGCAAAUUCAUCAGCAGCAGAGGUUUUCUUCUUAUGACACUCCAUCCUCCCUGCCUGGACAAUCGCCCCCAAGGGUUUAUGUGGGCCACUCUAUAUAUAAAGGAAAAGCUGCACUUACAGUCGAACCACGGCCGCCUGAGUUCUCUUCUUUAGAUUCGGGUGCAUAUAAGCUAUCAAAGGAGGGCUUUGUUUUACUCCAGUUUGCCCCUGCAGUUGGUGUCCGUCAAUAUGAUUGGGGUAGGAAGCAGGUAUUCUCCUUGAAUGUGAGUGAAAUUGGGAGCAUAAUAAGCCUCGGGGCAAGAGAUUCUUGUGAAUUUUUUCAUGAUCCCAUGAAAGGUAGAAGUGAUGAAGGUAAAGUGAGGAAAGUGUUGAAGGUGGAGCCUUUUCCUGAUGGUUCUGGCCACUUCUUCAAUCUCAGUGUUCAAAACAAGCUCUUGAAUGUGGACGAGAACAUUUACAUCCCCAUCACCAAGGCAGAGUUUUCUGUUCUCAUAUCAUCAUUUAACUUCAUUUUGCCGUACCUAAUAGGCUGGCACGCCUUUGCAAAUACUAUAAAGCCUGAAGAUUCAAACCGUGCGAACGACGUGAAUACUAGGUCUUCGCUUCAAGUGGAGGCUAGGCUGGCAAUUGUAACUGAAUCAAGCCUGAGAUUAGGUAAGCUAUAUUCUCCAAACAUUCUUAAGCCUUCCUUGAAAAUCCCAUUUGUGCGGAAACCCAAAAAUGACGACAUUAAGGAUACCAAAACCUGGUUCGGAGUGGCACUCCGAACCAGCUCAACUUUCAUGUGUAUGCUGGUGAGUUUGAUAGUAGCAUGCUUAGUGGUGUGUCCUGCCUUGAGCUUGAGCUUGAGCUUGAGCUCUGCGCAUGCUUUAGAGUUUGUAAGGAAAUGUAAAUUUGUCAGGAAUAAAUUGGAGAGUUUGUGCACAAAGAGGGGAAUAGCUUCUUAG